AUGUUACAACACACAUGUACCUUCAACGCAAAUCCCAUUGCACAGGUUCAAAUCAACGUCUCGUUCUCAUUCGGCUGCCAAGACCAGAGCCUACGCAUGCGUACUCGUAUGCUAUUCGAUUUCACAAAUUCGACCCCUUCGCAGCUGGAAGACUUCUGGAACAAGCGGCGUCAUAUAUGUGUGCGUGGAAACACUGGAAAGUGGGUUGACGAGUUUUUCCGUGAAGCCGGGUAUCUUUUCGGCGGAGAACAGGAUUGGAAGCCCUGUCAAUGGUUUAGUUGGGAUGUGAGUGACGAAGGACCACUGGAGAUUACCGUGAACCGCAAUCUGGGGAAGCGUGAAUGGCCGAGCAAGAGCUGGAUUCGGAACUGCCGCAAAUAUCCUAAGUAG